UUUCGCUCACCAUUCAUCACCCCCGCCGCUCGCCCACACAGAUAUCUGGAAACAUGGCUUCUGAACAUGUUAAUGGGAAUGGUACUGAAGAGCCCAUGGAUACUACUGCUGCAGUUGCCCAUUCUGAGCAUUUCCAGACAUUGCUUGAUGCUGGUUUACCACAGAAAGUUGCUGAAAAACUAGAUGAAAUUUACGUUGCAGGACUAGUUGCUCACAGUGAUUUAGAUGAAAGAGCUAUUGAAGCUUUAAAGGAAUUUAAUGAAGAAGGUGCACUGGCAGUGCUUCAACAAUUUAAAGACAGUGAUCUCUCUCAUGUUCAGAACAAAAGUGCCUUUUUAUGUGGCGUCAUGAAAACAUAUAGACAACGAGAAAAACAAGGGACCAAAGUGCCAGAUGCCAACAAAGGACCAGAUGAGGCAAAAAUCAAGGCUCUUUUGGAGAGAACGGGUUAUACACUUGAUGUGACAACUGGACAGAGGAAGUAUGGUGGCCCUCCACCAGAGUGUGUCUAUUCAGGACAACAGCCUUCUGUUGGCACUGAAAUAUUUGUGGGUAAAAUUCCAAGGGAUUUGUUUGAGGAUGAACUUGUUCCAUUAUUUGAAAAAGCUGGACCUAUUUGGGAUCUCCGCUUAAUGAUGGAUCCCCUGACAGGUCUAAACAGGGGAUAUGCUUUUGUCACUUUUUGUAACAAAGAGGCAGCUCAGGAAGCUGUUAAAUUGUAUAACAAUCAUGAAAUUCGUUCUGGAAAACACAUUGGAGUAUGUAUCUCUGUGGCCAAUAAUAGGCUUUUUGUUGGCUCUAUACCUAAGAGUAAAACCAAGGAGCAAAUUGUAGAAGAAUUUAGCAAAGUAACAGAGGGUCUCACAGAUGUAAUAUUGUAUCACCAACCUGACGACAAAAAAAAGAACAGAGGCUUUUGUUUCCUUGAAUAUGAAGAUCACAAAACAGCCGCUCAAGCCAGGCGUAGGUUAAUGAGUGGAAAAGUGAAAGUUUGGGGUAAUGUUGUUACAGUUGAAUGGGCUGACCCCAUAGAAGAUCCAGAUCCUGAAGUGAUGGCAAAGGUGAAAGUGUUAUUUGUACGGAAUCUUGCAAAUUCAGUCACAGAAGAAAUACUAGAAAAGGCUUUUAGUCAGUUUGGAAAACUGGAGAGGGUGAAAAAGCUAAAAGAUUAUGCUUUUAUUCAUUUUGAUGAACGUGAUGGUGCUGUAAAGGCUAUGGAAGGAAUGAAUGGCAAAGAUUUAGAAGGAGAAAAUAUAGAAAUUGUGUUUGCAAAGCCACCAGAUCAGAAAAGGAAAGAACGGAAAGCACAGAGACAAGCUGCCAAAAAUCAAAUGUAUGAUGAUUAUUACUACUAUGGCCCUCCUCAUAUGCCCCCACCAACAAGAGGUAGAGGUCGAGGAGGAAGAGGUGGCUAUGGAUAUCCUCCUGACUACUAUGGAUAUGAAGAUUAUUAUGAUUAUUAUGGCUAUGACUACCAUAACUAUCGUGGUGGAUAUGAAGAUCCUUACUAUGGUUAUGAAGAUUUUCAAGUUGGAGCUAGAGGAAGGGGUGGUAGAGGAGCAAGGGGUGCUGCUCUUUCCAGAGGUCGCGGGGCUGCUCCUCCCCGUGGCAGAGCCGGUUAUGCACAAAGAGGUGGUCCUGGAUCAGCAAGAGGUGUUCGUGGUGCGCGAGGAGGUGCCCAGCAACAAAGAGGCCGCGGGCAGGGAAAAGGGGUCGAGGCCGGUCCUGACCUGUUACAAUGAAGACUGACUUGCUAAGUGGGAUUACACCAGAAGCUUGCAGUGGAGUAAUGGUAAGGAAAUCAAGCAACCUUAAGUAUUUCGGCUGUAUAGGAGCAAAUUAUUUUGUAGAAGAUCCUUCGUGUGAAGAUCAUGGAAUCAAAUAUGGGACACUUGGACUUUGAUAUAAAUUUCUAUUAAGUUUUCUCUGCAGUGCAAAUUAUAAUUCUAAAGCUAAUAUUUUCCCAAUGUGUUCAACAAAAUUUAUCUAUAGCAUGGCCUCUUAAUAAAUGUUCUGUUCUUUAAAAAGAAAAAAAGUAAAAAAGAAAAGACCUGUCUACUUAAAGUAGAAUUUCCCUGUUGUUUUUAAAGUUGGAUCCCUGAAGUGGUAUUCUCUUACUGCUCUGAACAUUUUAUUGCAGUGAUAUUAGCUGAAUACCAUCACUGGUAUCCUUAACUUUUAUUUCUGCUCAUCAAGGUUAAUCAUGGUUGUCUAUAUGGUAAUCACUUUGAAAUGUAUUCAGAUAACAGCGGUUUCAGGUGUAAUCAUCAAAGCUGGUUGGUCAGGCAUUCCAGAUAGUGGUUCUUUUCAGAACCUUUUUUUUAAAGGGUUGGUUAACUACCUCAGUAGCAGAGGAUUGAACUAUACCCUAUCUGUACUGUACAUAGAAAAUCUUUGUAGAUAAAAUCAAGGCUUGUUUAAUUUUGACAAGAGGGUAAAAUAUAUACCAAAUGUAACAUUCUAAGUUGCCUUUAAUUUCAGAGGCUUUGUAAAAGAUUCCCUCCUGUCCAUCAUAACAGGCCUUGUUUUUGUCGUAUUUUGUGGCUGAAAAAGCAGCCUUGCUUCUUCAGAUAUUGUAGUUAUUUGGAUGUAUAAUAGUUUAGCAAGAUGUUACUUUUUGUAAGACAUCAAAUGUUUAAAAAAAGUGCAUCAGCAACUUGUACUAAAUACUGCAGUGUCCCUUUAUAAAAGGUCAGACUAAAACUGACAGCUGUACAGUGAAGCCUGACAUUUGGAUAUUUUGAAGUUUUUCAUAAAUCAUAGAAAAUAGUAUAUGGCUGUAGUUUUAGCUUUUUAGGUAAAGGUAUGUUUUCUCAUUAGUGCAUUUCUUACUGCUGAUUGCUGUAAAAACAAGCAGAUCAGCUUUCCAUUUUCUCUUUAUGCAGAUCAUGAUAAUCUGUAGAGUAGAAUACAAUCAUUUGUGCUAUGUUUUAAUUUUCUAAAGCACCUUGAUGACAGUGAGUGUUAAGUGGUGAAGCAUCCUCUAUUGAAUCACUCUUCCAAAAAGUUCUAUCAAGUCCAACUAUGCAUAGGUAAGAUACACUAUGAUCUAAUACGGACUUCACAGAAAGAGCUUUUGUUAUACCUUCCCCAAAGGGAUACUGCAGUUGUUACUUACCUGUAGGCACCACAAUAAGAUCUGAGACACCGAAUUAAGGUUUUAUACACACCAGUUCCCCAGUAAAUGAAAAAAAUUAAAAAAAAAAUAGAUGUCAUAUGUUAAAUUGCUCAUUGCAAACAAUCAUUUUGCAUUCCUGCAAAUAAAAUUGUUUUAUACUGUAAGCUGGAGGCAAGUGUAACUUAUUUUUGUAAUAAAGUUUUUAUUUUUUUUAUGUGUCAUUAAUAUAAAUGUGUGUUAGUGCAGAAAUCUUCUGGUUUAAAAACUCGUGCGCACACAUUUCAGUAUGUUUACUUGUAUUUACAUUUUUUAGAAUAGUCAUUUCCAGUAGUCUGUCUCUCACAUUAAUUGAAUUUUUGUUAUAUUAAUAAACCAUUUUAGUAUAUUGUAUGUCAAUUACUGGGAUAGCUGGGACAUAAAGUGUAAUUUAAAAUUUGUCAAGUAUUCAUGGGAAUAUGUAAAUGUGCCUUGCUAGUUAAGAGAAAAGCUAAGUGGCUGAUGGUAAAAAGUCAUUGCUUAAUGAAACACCUAUUGCCACAGUUUCAUAUGCUGCCCAUGGUAAAGUUCUACUUUCCAUAUUUGAAUAAGAAAUAUGAGUGUUGCAUCAGCUUCUAAAAUCUUAAACUUGAUAGGAUGAGGUUUAUGGAAUUUAGGUUUGCUAAAUGUAGCCUUAAAUUUUGAUUUCAUUGUAAUCCUUGGUAUUGGCAAUCCCAGUGCCAAGGAAGUUGAAAUGCUCCCUUCAAUGAGGUUGUAGUGCCAACUGGCAUCUUUACUGUCAUGGUUUAAUGAAGAGCACUGUCAAGGUGUUCAUGCCAAAUCUGACCUGAUUCUUUAUAGGAAUUUUAGAAAGAGGGAAAACCAUCUUACUUUGGAUCUUCCAAAUCCCUUGCAUUGCUGAAAAACAAACUUCUUAAAAGUUUUCAAGCAUGACUGAUUUUGAUGGGGGGAAGUAAAUGAUUAUUUAUUCAGAACAAAUAUUGAUGCAGAUGAAAAAUGAAAUUUUACAAUAACAUGGAAGCUGAAAUUGUAAUCACGCAUCCACAAGAUAAGGUGGGCUAUAGGAUACAUGUCAAAAUGGACUGGAAUUGACUUACCUGUAGAGUUUGUAAGAAAUGGUGAGUAAUAAGUAACAGAAUCUUGACAGUGUUCUCGAAUAAUUAUGAAUUCAAGCCAUUCUGACUUUUACAAUUAAACAUUAUUUGCACUGUU